AUGGCACCCAAUCCAACCGCCCGGCAGCCCCUCAAACUGCUCAUGCUACACGGCUAUACACAAUCCGGCUCCCUGUUCCACGCCAAAAGCCGCGCCCUCACAAAACACAUCCAGAAGGCCUUCCCCCUGCACGAAGUCACAGCAAUCUACCCAACAGGCCCUCUCCGCCUACGCCCCUCCGAAAUCCCAGGCUACGAGCCCUCAUCCGAGGGCCAGCCCGACACCGACGAAAUCGAAGCUUACGCUGUUGCGGAGACCUUGAAGAAAGACGGCCCCUUCGACGGCGUGAUCGGGUUUUCGCAGGGCGCUGCCAUGGCAGGCAUGGUGGCUGCGCUGCUGGAAGGGCGAAAGGAGACAUUCGAGCACUUUGCUACCGUGAGCGAAGACGGCGCGAGCGGGAUGGCUAUUCCUGCGCCAUUUGGCGAUGCGGACUUCCAGCACCCGCCGCUUAAAUUUGCGCUUUGUUAUUCUGGGUUCCGCGCACCAGGAGCGCGGUAUAGGGCUUUCUACGAGCCCGCUAUUGCGACGCCUGUGUUGCAUGUGCUUGGGUCUUUGGAUGCUGUUGUUGAGGAGUCGAGGAGUCGGGCGUUGAUUGAGGCUUGUAGUGGAGAGCCGGAGAAGGAUGGCUCUGUUGUUUGGCAUCCUGGUGGUCAUUUUUUGCCUAGUCAGCGGCCUUAUUUGGAUGCUGCUGUUAGGUUUAUACGGGAGCAGAUGGAGCGUGGGGAGGGGAAGGGAAAGAAGGCUGACGAGGUGGAUGUUAAUGAUAUGGAUAUGCCGUUUUGA